AUGGACCGGUUCGGCCGCGUGCACACAGCACGUGCUCUGGUCGACCAGGGCUCGGAGUCCUCACUAGUUUCCGAAGCUUUAGCCCAGCGUUUUCGCCUGGGGCGAUAUCCUACCUCCGUCGCGGUGUACAGAGUCGAUGGCAAGCAAACGGGCUUCGCGCGCGGUCAGGUCACUCUCCAGAUCCGCUCUCUGAGCGACGAGCCUUCGAUAAGCGUGGCCGCAUUGGUCUUCCCCCUGCUCACCCUUUAUGAAGGAGGAAUCAAGGCUGAUCGUCAAGCUUGGACGCACAUCCACGGAUUGGAGCUCACCGAUCCGGACUUCUUAGCAACGGACCCAGUGGACAUCCUUCUAGGAGCUGACGUCUACGCUACCAUCCUCCAGAAAAGACUUCGGCGGGGUAAGUCACAGGAACCUGUGGCACAAAAAACGGCGUUGGGCUGGAUUUUGUCGGGUGCCGCCGGUGCGACAUCCACUCCGCGUCGCGCACUGGCACAUCACUGUCUGGUCGAGGAAGACCUGGGUGCUCUAGUACAAAAGUUCUGGCAGCAAGAAGAGCUCUCUGACACCGCUGUAGUGCUCUCGCCCGCGGACCAGGAGUGCGAGAACUUCUUCCACCAGACUCACUCGCGAUCCGCUGACGGUCGGUACGUCGUACGUCUGCCGGUCGUUUCUCCGCUGCCAGACUUCUCAACAACGCGCUCCACGGCUCUGCGGGUCCUUUUCAGCGUGGAGAGACGCUUCGCUCGGGAUCCUCCCUUUCAUGCGCUUUACGCGGACUUCAUGCGGCAGUACGAAGACUUGCACCACAUGUCACGCGUGACUCCAGGUGUCGCAUCAAAUAGGCCGGUACAUUACUUGCCGCAUCACGGCGUUCUGCGAAGGAGCAGCGUCACCACGAAGCUGCGCGUGGUCUUCAACGGCUCUACGCCUACUAUUUCGGGCAAAACCCUGAACGACUAUCUUAUGGUGGGUCCGAAUUUGCUGCCUCCCCUCGCCGACGUGCUACUCCGUUGGCGACAGCAUACGUCCUAG